GAGUGGGUGUGGCCUUAUCAGAUGACUUUCUUAAAGGUUCGUCUGCGGUGCUGUCGGCGCUAAGUUAAGGGAGAGGAGCGUGCGAAAACUGGAUGUGUCUGGUACAUAGUGAUGCUGAUCUGUUUUCCUCUUCCGUUAAUUUACCAGUUCUGUUUGUGGGUCUAGACCAUAGACCCAUAGCUACCUAAGAUAUGUGAAGGGGAAUGAUGUUGAAAGCUACUACUGAGAACAUCUGCUAACAUUCAUGCCCAUGCCACAGUACCGGAAAACGACCUUUUUGCCUCAGGCCAGGAGUUUACAUGCAAGAAAAGGAAAUGGACAUACAGAUUACAUUUUUCAUAGGUUUUUAUUUAGCUGCAUCAGUGAUUGGCCAGAACGAGAUGGAAAUUCAUGCUCAUGACCCCUAUAAAGCAGAGUGUACCAGAAGAAAAAUCCAGUGUCAUCAAAGAGCAAUUUGUCGACUAGAUAUUGUGACAGAAACAUUUUACUGCCAGUGCAUUCCAGGUCACAACGGAGAUGGAGUCCACUUUUGCCAAGAACCAUCAGCAAAAAUCAUCGUUCAUCAAGAACAAUCCUGUGAUGGAGCAGCUUCACAGCUAUGUGUCAUUAAGUGCUCUCUAGGUGAAACUGUACGGUUUAUGGUUUCAGUUGUAGGCGACCACAAGCAUUAUAACAUUCAGUGGUUCAAGUUCUAUUCCUCCUAUGGUCAUACAUUUUACAGUUAUCGAAAACGAUUAAGGAAUUCUGCAACAGUACCAUCAAAAAAUAUUCAGAUUAUGAAGGAUGGUUUCAUUCUGAAACUUGAAGAGAUUCAGGAGGAUGAUUACUUUCCCAAUUUGUUCUGGGUCCAGUUAGACACAAGAAACUAUUUGGAGAUGACAGAAGAGCUUGAACCUUAUGAAAUCAGCAGCUAUGACAUCCUCAAUCCAUCUCAAACACGUUAUUACUUUGUGCUAGAUAGCCAACCUAUAGACAUGGGAACCUAUCUCACAGGGGAUACAACUGUGAUUUAUUUGACUUUGUAUAAAAAUAUCUCCAGUACUGCAUUUGUGAGUUGGGUCAAGGAGCCAGAAAAUCUUACUCUACUUCAUUCUUCAAGUGCUGCUUUGAUGAACAGCACAAGUGUUCUUGAGCUGCAUGAUUUACUAGACAAGGAUUUUGGCAAGAUUCGUGCAGUCAUCUACGAUUACCUUGAAGGUAUCCCUGGAAAAGUCAUGGUCGCCCAGAAGCUUUUUGUGUUAAGGAAAGACAUCAGUAAAGUGUGUAUCGGCCAGCGUAGUGUUCGCCACUGCAAGUGUAGUUCUGGUUUUAAAGGCAAUGGCCUUCACUGCGUAGAUGUGGAUGAAUGCAGGGAAGGAAUGCCUUUACAGUGUCUUUCUCAUGCUAGUUGUGUGAACACGUUUGGUUCAUACCUGUGCAAGUGUCCAGCGGGAUAUGAAGGUGAUGGUGUCUAUGCAUGUUUAGAUGUUGAUGAAUGCUUUCGAGGCCUUUCACAAUGUAAUGGUAAUGCAACUUGUGUAAAUACCCUUGGAUCGUAUGCUUGCACCUGCCCAAGAGGUUACUUCAGUAGAAGUGGGGAGUGUAUAGCCAAAAGUAUGUGGACUCCUUGGUCACCCUGGUCCAUUUGCUCAGUGACGUGUGGCUCUCAAAAUCAGAUGAGAUUUCGUAUCUGCACACAUCCAGAGAGUGGCAUGAGCUGUGAAGGGCCCACUGCUGACCUAAAACCUUGUGAUCAUUUACAGGAAUGCCCAGUUAAUGGUCAGUGGUCAGAGUGGUCACCAUGGUCUCCUUGCUCUUCUCUAUGCUCCGGCAUUAAAAAGAGAAUUAGGAACUGUGAUAACCCACCUCCCUCUGCAGGUGGUGAGCCUUGUAGGGGGACGACAGAGGAAACAUCUGCCUGCAGAAGUGAACAAUGCUCAAUUGAUGGAAGCUGGUCCCAGUGGAGUUUGUGGUCUCAGUGCCCUCUGACCUGUGGCCUUGCAGUUGUAAGCCGCACAAGAAGCUGCAGCAAUCCAACUCCGCAGAAUGAUGGAAAAGUCUGCCCAGGUCACAACUAUGAGGAAGCAGCAUGUGGAUUACCAAAAGUCUACUGUGAAUAUGUUAUGAAGCCUGAAAAGAGAAAAACCUAAAUCGAGGUGACGCCACAUACGAAAUACCUCGAGCACCAUCUCCCUUAAUGGCUCCUUUUACUGAUGGCUGACCUUCUGUCACACACACAUUAAAAAUGAGCCAUUUCAAUGGGUUUAUUAUUCCUCAAGUAGACUGGAUCUACCAGGAGGCGCCACGUUAAAGAAUCAAGACUGUGGGCAGUGAGCAUGAACAUUAUAAAGGGAGAAAAAUGAAAAGAGCUGAGUGGGAGUGGAAGGAUGUGGUCCUUCCUGAGGCCCAGCAAAGAGCGAGUCAGAAGUGUCAAGUGAGGUGCAGGGCGCCUUUUAGAGCACAGCAGACAACAUUUGUAUCUGUGAUAAGCACUUUGAGUGAGGGCAGGAAUACUUCACCGAAACGAAUGGGGAUCUCAACCAAGGAAAUAGUUACAGUCCCCUUCAGUACCAGUUUCUGGUUUCUGAUUCUUACUAUAUAUGGUCCCAAGGGGACUAGGAUUUUCAUUCUUUUAUUUGUAAUUUCAGACUGCUGAUUUUUAUCUUACAGUGUUGUUAACUUUCUGAGUUUGCGUAAUGUAAAGGCUUCAUGAUAUCAUGUAAAAGUUUGUCAGAUUGUCACUUUCAUUCAAGUUCUUUUCCAGUGCGUACUGGGAUGUGAUCUUCACUGAUUUGGAAUAAUGAAUGGACUUCAAAAUAGCCUUUCAAUGAUACUUUCUACGAGUAUUCUCCUAUGACUGUAAAAUAAACCUUUAUAUGUUUC